UGAUAUACAUUCUGGAUAUAGGAACAACUUGCUUCUGUUCCACAUUCAUCCGUGUUUGUCAAUAAAUCCCCCACGCCCAUCUCUCCACCUGGCCUCCCUCCCACACUGAACAAAGAGCGUCCCCAGCCUGCGCGCUGCCUCCCCAGCUGUUGUGAGAGUCUGGGUCGUUUAUACAGUCUAUGGUCGUGAGCAGGGAGAGAUACGCGCUCCUGUCCCGCCCCCACAAAUACACCAGACACUCCUAACAGGCGGCAGACGAGCCGGCUCUUCCUCUCCAGUCACUGCAGUGUGUCUGUGCUGAACACAGCAGAGAGGAGAUACUCCUGCAAACACAAGAGUGUGGACAUAACUUUAUCACCUGGGCUUCAACUCAACGAGAGAAGAAACGUGAAAACCUGGGACUCACUGCAGCAGCUAUUCUUACACAAAAGCUGCUUUCUUUGGGACCUUCAGGAUCCAGACUCUGACUGGUGCAGUCAACCCUUCAGCUCUACCAUGGUUCUGUGUGAGGACGGCGACUGCAGCGUCUGCUUGUCUCCCUACUCCCGGAUGGACAGGAUCCCCCGGGUGCUCCACUGCAGACACACGUUCUGCGAGCUGUGUCUGGAGACCAUGUCGCGGUCCAGGAGCGGGCUGCUGACCGUGCCCUGCCCUCUCUGUCGGCGGGUGACCUGCAUUGGACGCGGCCUCAGCCUGCAGGAGGCUCUGUGGGUCAACAGCCGGCUGUGGGAGCAGAUACCAGAGGAGGAGGAAGAGGAGGCCGGAGAGGAGGAAAAGGAAGAUGGAGUGGAAGAAGUAGCAGAGGAGGAGAGGACUGAGCAUAAAGAGCAGAGCACGUUACAAGCAGAAUGUGUUUCCUCCAGGUCUGCCAGAACAAAACUCAUUAAACUGCCUGCAUUCUUCAAGAAAUUCAGUCUGACAAAGCAGCACCAAGAGAGGAUCGUGCCCGGAGGGAAUGUGGAGAUGAAAUCUUGGCGCAGGCUUCCCACUGAUGAGAGGAAUUAAUGACAGCAGAUGAAGGACGUGUGAGAGAGCUCCUCUCAGGAUCUUACUUUGGAUGUUAGACGCCACUAGAAGCCUCAACGUCGUCAUUUGGGGGAAAGUUGGGUCCAUUAGCACCGAGAAUCUAUUUGUGUUCCUGUCAGGACAUUGUUCUGUCCUCAGCCAAAGGUGCCCCGUCUCCCCCAUUAUUUAUUCUGGGCUUAAUUUCCCCAGCUGGUGCUCUGGGAUUGUGUUCAGCUGUCCCAGUGGGACUCACACCCAAAGACCCCCCUCGUAACAGAUGGUCUCCUGAGGACGUUCUCUUUUUAGACGCAGCUGAACAUUGACUAUUUGUCUUUAUUUAAAAAGCUAGUUAACAAAGUAUUUAAUUAAACUAUUUUUGAAAGAA